UCUUCCCCCGCGGAAUAUAAUGAAAUAUAAAGGCAAUGAGUUUUCACCGAAUGAUGCGGGCUUACCACAAUUGGAUGCUUAAGUAUCCAUCUGCGCUUACGUCCAUUGAACAGAUUGUGAAUAACGUGAAGGGGAAGAGGAUUGCAUUGUUUCUAGAUUAUGAUGGGACACUGUCCCCGAUUGUCGACAAUCCGGAUCAUGCCUUCAUGUCUAAUGCUAUGCGUGUUGCUGUUAGAAAUGUAGCAAAAUGCUUUCCGACAGCAAUUAUUAGUGGCAGGAGCCGUGAAAGGGUACUUAAAAAGUAUUUUGUUUUACCAAUACUUUACUUAAACUCUCUGGUUGGAUACUUAUAUGUAUCAUUUUGCUAUCUUUCUUCAGGUACGCAAGUUUGUAGGACUGAAAGAACUAUAUUAUGUUUAAGUAGUUGUAAAGAUGUGCUCCCUAUAUAUGUAGGGGAUGACAAAACCGACGAAGAUGCAUUCAUGUUUCUAACAGAGGGUAAUCGUGGUUACGGCAUAUUGGUGACUCCUGCCCCCAAAGAAAGCAGCGCAUAUUAUUCUCUUAGAGAUCCAUCAGAGGUUUGUGUUUGUUUCAUCACUUUUAUUGCUUAAAUUGUUAAAAUCAACUUUUAAAUUGUAAUU